UUUUUAAUCAUCUGUGGAGUGCAUUGAUUGACAGUGGCAAAGUGAAGUCGAGCAGGGAAAUGUCCAGCACAGCCAUGAAAAAGAAGGUUCUGUUGAUGGCUUCUGUCAUUUUUGUUGAUGUGGAGCACUCUCACGUGCGAUUUUUGGGAAAUCUGGUGCUGAACCUGUGGGACUGUGGUGGUCAGGAUACUUUCAUGGAAAACUACUUCACAAGUCAGAGAGACAACAUCUUUCGAAAUGUAGAGGUGUUGAUCUAUGUGUUUGAUGUGGAGAGCCGAGAGUUAGAGAAAGAUAUGCAUUACUACCAGUCUUGUCUGGAAGCCAUACUGCAGAAUUCACCUGAUGCCAAGAUAUUCUGUCUGGUACACAAGAUGGACCUGGUUCAGGAGGAUCAGAGAGAUUUGAUAUUUAAAGAGCGUGAGGAGGAUCUGAAAAGACUGUCUCGUCCGCUGUCCUGCACCUGCUUUAGAACAUCUAUUUGGGAUGAGACAUUGUAUAAAGCAUGGUCCAGUAUUGUCUAUCAGCUAAUUCCUAAUGUACAGCAGCUUGAGUGCAACCUCCGGAACUUUGCUCAGAUAAUUGAGGCAGAUGAAGUCUUACUUUUUGAAAGAGCUACAUUCCUGGUGAUCUCUCAUUAUCAGUGCAAGGAACAACGGGAUGCUCAUCGCUUUGAGAAGAUCAGUAACAUCAUAAAGCAGUUCAAACUAAGCUGCAGUAAGCUUGCUGCCUCUUUCCAGAGCAUGGAAGUACGAAACUCAAACUUUGCUGCAUUUAUUGAUGUUUUCACAUCCAACACUUAUGUCAUGGUGAUCAUGUCAGACCCUUCUAUACCAUCUGCUGCCACCCUCAUCAACAUCCGGAAUGCCAGGAGACAUUUUGAGAAGCUUGAGCGUGUGGAUGGACCGAAACACAGUCUACACAUGCGUAUGCGCUAAACUUUUAACACUGAUGAUGGUGGUUAAACCGAGGAUGAUUUUCAUUUGCAUCCAGUCUUCUUCCAAGAAACAAAUUCAUCUUGUUAUUGAAGUUAAUAUUAAAGUUUUUGUUUUCUUGCUUUUGUAGAUUCUGCUAAUAAAGAGAACUACUUAAUGUUCCUUGGGUUGAGGGGUUAAAAUUUCCUCCUUGAAGUUAAAAUGUGAUUUGUGCUAUCUCAAAUUAAGAAAGUACAGAUAUAAAGCUAGAUUAUAAUGUAAGAAUUUUGUCUUUUAACCUGUGCUAUGUUUGCAACUAAAAAAAACUAAAUAAAACAUGUGACUUAAAGUU